AUGGAGCUGCGCACGGGGCGUCCUCCGGGGGCUCAGGUUCUACUGCCACGGAGGGAGCCACCACCGACGAAGCUGCCAGGGUGGACCGCAGGUGGCAGCAGCAGUUCGAGCGGAAGCAAGCUGCGAAGCAGAUUUCAUCAAGGUGUAACUGCGCCGGCUGUGCUUUGCACUCUCCGAUUCUGCCGUCGGUCUUGCCGGCAACGGUGGGGAGGUCGCACAGUGGCCUACAACUUUCCUCCCGGCUUGGAGCUCGAUACCUCCAUCGACAUUCCUGACCGGCCGGAGAAGCGGAUGGUGAAGGAGCUCAGCCGCUAUGAGGACCCAGAUGACCCCGUUCGACCGCAAGCUCCACCGAGAGAUCGCAAGGGCCUCUGGGCACCUCCAGGACCUCAGGCGAUUGCGGCGCCGGAGGUCCUCGUGGUAGGCCUAGGCAGGCGGCUCCGUGCUGACGAGGAGGAUGGUCCUCGGGCUCGCUUGGGUGCGGGAGCCGUAGAGGCCCUGCAGCGGCGUUACCAGGUUCGGACGCACUUCGAUGCCGAUGUGCAGGGGUACAUGGCCACUUGCCGUGCCAGUCUGGACAAGUCGGGUCGCGCGGGGGUGCAGAAGAUUCACUUAAUGCAGCCAUUGGUUGCGCAUGACACCGAUGUCGCACAUGCUCUGGAAAAGAUCACCAGCAGGCCACGUAUGGAUCAGGCCAUGGUCCUUUUCGUGCUCAGCGACCCGCGGCUCCCCUUCGGUCAGCUGCGGAUGCGUAGUGCUUUCGACAGCACAAACCCCUGGCUGAGAUCCGCCUACGCUGCAUUAGGCCCCGGCAACCGAGUGACGUGUCUUUACGUCGGUGCCGGAUCGAGCAUGCGGUCACAGGCGCUCUUGGCUGCGGAAGAGGAGGCAUUGCCAACGGUGCUUUGCAAUGCGGCCACCGCCAUCGAGGUUUGGCUAAGUGAAGCAGACCUUGGUUUGGUCAUGCGCUUCGUGAACCGGCCCGAGGUCUACGAGAUGCCACCCGGAUGGCCCUAUACGCAUCAGGUGUUAAAGGAUGGCCCGAAGAAGGCCUUGAAGCCGGCAGAUGAGGAGGCCACGGAGGUGGAACACACAAAUGGUACCAGCAGCGACGAAGGUGCGGCACUUGUGCCACAGUCCUUGAUUGGUGCCAGCCCGGGCGAGUAUGUCUUGUUUGACUUGAACCGGGACAAUGUCGCCGACAUUCCAGAUGUCACGGUGGAGCUUUUGUCGCCUGCGUCCGCCUUGGCUGCAUUGCAAGAACGGCCGCCGCAGAGUGAGGCCAUCAUCGUCGCUGGACGCAGGUAUGCAUCCUUCAUGACCCUCAAGAAUGCGCUUGUGGAGAUCGUGCUGGAGCAGGAGCCCGGGAUGCAUCUUCGCUUCGAGGAUGAUGAGGACGCCAUCAAGACUCUGCUGAGCUACCAUCCCGAUGCAGACAGGCUGCUGGAAGAUCUGGUGGCAAUCAAGGUGGAUUGCUCCCCGGUGGAUGAUGAUACCAGGUGCCUUUGGGUGAUAAAAUUCGACGGGUACGAGGAGGAUGUCAGCCUCCGGGAGUGUCUCGAAGGCCUGGAGCGGGCCCUUAGCCUCGGCGCCGAGGAGGGAGGCCACGCGGCAGUAGGCGUUGGCAUGGCUGCGGCGUUCGAUUUUGGAAGGAUCCCCAAAGCGCUUCGUGCCACGAUUGGGGCCUGCCCGCCGGCGAGAAGAUUUCAGGACCAAGGAACCUUCGUCAUCUUCAUGAGUGAUACGAUGAGCUAUCGCUACGUGCCGCUAAACGACUCGAGCCUCGCUCCUCUCGGCCAGCACAUACGUGAGUUGCCGCCCGGCUGGGAGGUCCGCGGCGGGACGCCGCCACAGUUGGCGCCCAAAGGCUACCGCCUCGGCCGUGCCUACGCGACUCUCGAGGAUGCGUGGGCUGCGCACCUGGAGCAGCAGUUUCACAAAGCGCAACAGGGCACGAGACCCAGCAGGCCGGAGGCUUCACCGACACAGCUCAAAGGCAGCCCUGCUUCCUCUCCACCGCCGGUGGGCAUCGUGAAGCCAACGAGCAACGGCGUUUCCUUCCAGGUGCAGCCGGAGUUGAUGACAGUUGAUGUCACCUUGCUGGAUCGGGAGGCCCUGAUCGCCAGGCUGCGAGAGGCUGAAGCGCGCAAUGAGGAGUUGCAGCGUCACGUUUUUCAGCUUCGGGAGGAACGAGAUGAUCGGCAGCGGCGCCUGGACGAGGCUCUUUUCGAGAACGCCAGGCUGCAUGGCCUGAAUCACCGAAGCGUGUCGCAGUCCUCGCUUCCGACGUCCCCAUCACAGCGCAUGCUCGUGACUUCCCCCCAGCCGCUGCAGCCUAGCAAUAGCUCCGGCUUCAUCAAGAGUGAAGCAUCAGCAUUGCCGCCAGUGCCAAAUUCCUGGCAACCACCGACAUCUGCGCGGGAGACUCCUGGCAGGUCCACCCUCUCGCCUGUUUCAGCGGAUGCAGAUGGCGAAGAAGGCGACAUGUUUCCUGGUCCAGACUUCAACUGCAACAACUUCCGGUCUACCCAGCCUUUGGCCAGCAUGGCCUCAGUGCCAGCUGCGGCCCCCCCGCCGGCAAGGAUAUCGGAGAAGCCAGUGGAGAUCGUUGUUUCUGUUCCGCGUGCGCCUGUGGACGAAUUGGAGGUGCCAGCACCCAUCCUGGCCGGACCGCACCCCUGCCGAUCUUUGCAAAGCCUCCAGAAGAACACCCACGUGCCGUUGGUGCUCCCGCACCAGGUGACACGAUUACCUUCGGCCCCAGCACCCCAGUCGCAGGCCUUUGCUGCCGGGCCUGUGCAGGUGGCAUGUGGAAAUGGGUACGCUCACCAUCAUUUCGCCGCUCGAGGGCUUCUGCCAUCUGGGCUGCUGCCAUCGGCUCCGGCCUCUCUCGCGGCCCCUGCCGGCAACCGCGUGGUCGCGCCGCGCCCCAUCCAGGUAGCACAGGCACCGGCACAGGCCCCGCCGGCUGUCGUGAUGCAGCAGGCGUGCGUCUCCGUCUCGGGCUACCGCUGA